UUGUAGUCCAACACUCAAACCACUAUGCCACGCUGGCUGCACCCAUGGCAAUUAAAAUUAUUUUAAAGCGCCAAGUGUUAAAGAGACCACAGUUCCUCCAAUUGUUAGUUGUCAAUGUUUGUCUUAUUACUAUUAUAUCCCAAUUUUUUUCUGUAGAAAACCAAGAGCAUAUAUGGUUCUUUCCUUUCCCUAUUUUAUCCUCACAAAAACCCUGCAAGACACAUUAUACUACGAGAGCACUGGGGCCAAGAUACCUAAUGAGCAUUUUGGCUGAGCAAGAUUCAAACUCUGGUCUCUCUUAUCCUGACCUAACAAUUCAAAUGAGCAAUUGGUCCAAAUUGUCAUGCUAUGCUAAAGUCAAUCACGGUUGGUGUCCCGAUAAGGCAGAUGAGGGGAGACUUCACCUGAGCAAAAGUUGCCAUCUUGCCUAUAUUGUCUUCUCUAUAGUUUUCAUGUUGAUCUCUGCUGUGGCUUGCUAUGGGUCUGUGAUCUUUGGAACCCUGUGCCUCACAACCUUGCCACCAUCAAAGAAAAUAACAUGGCCCACCCUUACCAUCACCCUAUGUUUUAUGUCUGGUUUCACCGGAGGGAUAGGCCUGUUCAAUUUCAUGAGGUCAGCAACUGAGGAGCCCAAUACAUUCCUUUCGUGGUCUUUGGCACCAGGGUGGUCCUCUGUCAUUGUGGUUUCCAUGGCAGGAGUUUGCCACUUUGUGGCAAAGAAUUGGGAAGAGGAAGAAUUAGCUGAAACGCUUUUCGCAACUUCAAUUGGCUUUACAUUGCAAGAAGACUGCAUGGCUAGGAGUGCCUCUGAAUACGCCCAGUAUAAGAUGAGAAACAGAAGACCAGAAUCUGACACACCUGUGUGACUUGACACAGGAAUAAAUCUAUGUGCCAGAGGUGGCAAAAGUGGCUGAAUGAGCCAAAGCUCGCGCAGACCCAACAGGAUCUGGCCUUUGGGAAUUAGGAGAAAACACACCAACAAGGAGACCUCUGGUACAGUGUUUUGCUUCUGAGUGUCACAGACUUUUACACAUCACCCCAUGCUCGGAGAUAUACUUACAUCCCCGAAUGGGGUGACACAUUUAGCUUGCCCCAGGCUGAUUGGUGACAGGAGGUCAACAGCGAUGCAAUUCUGGAAAGAGCAGCAAGACAUGUUCCUGCAGACUGAGACAAUGCAUAAUGUGUCUGAACUUUCCUCAAUGUUUUAAAUGAUGCUUUUCUACUCUUUGUU